AUGGCGGGGGAGAGAAGGGUUUGUGUGACGGGGGCGGGAGGGUUUGCCGCCUCAUGGCUGGUGAAGCUGCUCCUGUCCAAGGAGUUCGUCGUCCACGGCACAGUGAGAGACCCAAGUACGGAUGACUCUCUAUUUCCCCCCUCCAAUCCCCCUUCCUUGUGUUAUUGGGAAUCAUGGCAUUCUUCUUGGCUCACUUUCGAGGGGGUGACACGUUCCUCUCUCGUCGAUUAGUUUCUAACAUUUAAGCUUCAACUUGAGGUUUUUCUUGCCGAUUUUCGUUUGAGCUCUAUUUAACCCUGUCCGCAUCUUUCUCCUACAAAAUCGGGAUUUUCAGUGUAUAUUAUUUCGGAUGUAUUAGGACUAUACCAUCAUGAUUUUCACAUAUCUUGGUCUACAUUUCCCUGAGAUCCGACUGCUGAUUUCAGAUGAUCCGAAGAAUGUCCACUUGAAAAGAUUGGAGAAUGCGCAGAAUCUGAAACUUUUCAAGGCGGACUUGCUUGACGAUGAAUCUUUGUCCGCUGCCAUGACUGGGUGCGAAGGAGUUUUCCAUGCAGCAUGCCCAGUUCCUUUGGGGAAUGCUUUUGAUUCCGAGGCAAGAUUGUUGGUAAUAGAUUUUUCUGUUGGUUUUAGGGACUCUCUAUUGCCGUCCAGGUUACACCCCAAAAGACAAUUAUUUCUUCGUGACGAGGGAAAUAUGUGAACCUCUAGAGAUAUUCAGCUGAUCAUGACAACAAAAAUUUCAUUUUUGAAGAACUUUGUAUUCAUGCGAACCUGUUUUAGUGAGCAUUAUGCCGAUCCCCAUACGGUGGUCGUCAAACAUUCUCUUUUAAAAAAUCUACUAUUUUUUUUUUCUGGUCUCUACUUUCACGUUGCCCUUGGCUUAUUGGAUGGGAGUUAACACAGUGAAUACCAAACUAUUGUUUGAAUGAGAUCUUUCUUCGUCUUCAGUUUUGUCUAUUUACACUUUGUUUAAUAAUCGGCUUGUUUAUUCUCCAUAGGGCAGCAAUGGGUGGUUGAUCAGGUCAGAAAACACAUCCAUAAGACUUAGUCAUCGUUGAUAUUUUUCUUCUAGACUAUUCCCUAACAUACCUAAAGUAAGCCCUUUGACCCUCAACAAUCUCAGCUAGUUUACCCAACUUAAGUUCUAUCUAAAGUGGCCCCGUACUUCAGAAGGUGACGAAGUUAAACAGGAAUCAAAUUCAUUUGGGUCACUUUUCUCCUCUCAUCAUGUUAUUACAGGCAGAUAUGAUUCACCCUGCGGUUGAUGGAACGCUCAAUGUUCUCAAAGCAUGCUCUGAGGCAAAGGUUAAGCGGGUUGUUCUGGUUUCCUCUGUUGCUACUGUGGUUUUGAACCCCAAUUGGCCAUUCGAUAAGAUAAUGGACGAGAAUUGCUGGUCAGACAAGGAAUUGUGCAGGAAAACUGAGGUAACACACCGUGCACCUACAUGGUUUAUUGAGUUUGGGGAGUGGGUUGCUUAUUUGCCUUCCUAUCAUCUUUGAUGAGAGUCUUCAGGUGAGUUUCGCUAGUAACAACUAGAUGUUGCGUAAUGUAAUUUAUUCUCAGCUGUUAUAUUAUGAGAGUAGAUUGAUAAGCUUGGUAAAUAGAGAGUCUACUUCAUUGACAGACUGUAGCAUUGUGCUUAGUUUCAGAAAAAAAAAAAAAUCGUGAAAAAUAGCAACGAUCUAACACAUAAAACCUCAAAAUUUUGUCCUCUGUUUGGGGGAUACGGCACUGUAUUCUGAAAUUGAAGAAUUCUACUCUUUUACAGAUACUUUGAACAUUCAUGAAGCAACUCUUCAUUGACUUACAUUCUGUAGUUUUUUGUCAUGCCACAAUUGCUGUUCAUUUUCAUCUAUCUGGUGCAGAUGUGGUAUGAAUUUGCCAAGACAGUAGCAGAAGAAAAGGCUCUUGAGUAUUCCAAGUCAAGCGGACUUGAUGUUGUAGUGGUUUGCCCAUCUCUGAUUUUCGGUCCAAUACUCCAGUCAACAGUAAAUGGAAGUAGCUUGCUGUUCAUUAACUUUUUGAAAGGUUUUCCCCAAGCUGAAGCUGCCAAUUAUCAUCUUCAUGGUUUUGAUGCUUGGAUUUAGCGUGCAUACUUAGCGUCUUUAGAUGAAUCAAGGAUUGCAGUUUCUGCUUGAAGUCAAUUAAAAGUUGUCGUCAUAACCACUGGAGGCAUAGUGGAAGAACCGUCAGAUAAUCAAUUCAUUCAAACAGGGGAAAGUGUUUUACGACGAGCUCAUUAAUUCUGUCAUGAUAUUUCGUACUUCAACUAAUGUUUAGGGAGAUGAUUUCUUGUUAUAUUUUAUCAUAGGUCAACUUCUUACUCUGCAUUGAGCCUUUGCACAUGUGCUGCACAUUAUUCUUCCAUCAGUUUUUCUUCGUUACCUUCAGUUUCUCAGCUUCCUGUUGUGCUUUGUUGGUGUAAAUAGGGAAGCGGAUGUUGGUAAUGUCGUAUCAUAUUCUAUACUUGGUUGAUGUUAGAGACGUUGCCGAUGCACUACUUCUCGUCUAUGAGAAGCCAGAGGCCAGUGGAAGAUAUAUAUGCAGUUCUUACUGGAUAGAGACGUGUGAUUUCCUUGGCAAAUUGAAGAGCAUGUAUCCACAUUUUCCUUACCCAGAUUGGUAUGCUUUUCAUUCUCUGGUGAUAUGGAAUGUAAUUCUAUAUGCAUGCAUAUCAUAAGAUAGUUUUAUUUCCUUCCCUUCAUGACAUAUGUGGGUUUUUCUAAUUGCAGUCCUUAUGAGGCAAAGCCAUAUCAUCAACUGAGCUCAGAGAAGCUAAAGCAGUUGGGUUGGACUUACAGGACGAUAGAAGAAUCCAUUAGAGAUAAUGUGGAAGAUUUCCUGGAGAAAAGCCUGCUGGAUGUGAAUUGA